AUGAUGAGCCCUCGUCUUUCCCUUUUGGGCUGCGCACUGCUUGCCGCCAGCCCUGCCGUCAACGCAGCUGUUGAUCUCUUCGAGUGGGAGAAGGUCCAACUCCACGAGUCUGCUCUGGCCUCGCGCAGCGUCCCGACCCGCCGCGCCGCCAAUGCUUCCUGCAAGGUCUUCCCUGGCGAUGCUGCUUGGCCGUCAGAGAACCAGUGGGCCGCGCUCAACGAGACGCUCGAGGGCGCGCUGAUCAAGUCCGUGCCGCACGCCAGCGUCUGCUACGAGGGACCGUACUACGACGAGGCCGCAUGUACUACCAUCACGGCCAACUGGACCAAUUCCUACCUUCACGAUGACGAUCCGAUUGAGAUGCUUAGCCCUGUGUACCAGGGCCUCACGUGCCAGCCGCCGACACUUUACGAAGACGGCAUCAACUCGGGCAAUUGCACGCUGGGCGGCUUUCCGGAGUACGCCGUUGCGGCCACCAACGUGAAGCAAGUCCAGGCCGCCGUUAAGUUCGCCGGCGAGGCCGGUAUCAGGUUUGUCAUCAAGAACACUGGCCACGAUUUCUCCGGUAAAUCCGGCGGCGCCGGAGCCCUGUCAGUCUGGACCAAGAACCUCAAGGGUAUCACCUACGAGGAGAACUAUGUCGAUGAAGGCACGGGUUAUUCUGGCCCCGCCUUCAAGGCUGGUACCGGCGUGCGCGCUUGGGAGAUUUACGAGGCUGCUGCUGCCAAGGGCAAGGUUGUCGUUGGUGGCGAGGGCCAGACGGUUGGUGUGAUGGGCGGCUACAUCCAGGGCGGCGGGCACUCGCCCCUGAGCUCCAUCUACGGCAUGGGUGCGGAUCAGGUUCUCUCGAUGGAGGUGGUCCUGGCGAACGGCACGUUCGUCACUGCCUCGGCCAAUGAGAACGCCGACCUCUUCUGGGCGCUCAAGGGCGGCGGCGGCGCGACCUAUGGCAUUGUGACGUCGCUGGUCGUCAAGGCCUGGCCUGAUAUGCCGGUUACCGGCUCCAAGUUCUCCUGGACGUCGGCCAACAUCACCAACGAGACGUUCUGGGCGGGCGUGCGCGCCUACCUCGACUACUUCCCGGAAAAUGCGGACGAGAAGCAGACGUACAGCUACUGGUUCAUCAUCCAGCUGGGCGGCGGCGUCAAGCAGUUCCUGAUGCAGCCAUUCUUCGCGCCAAACAAGACGCUCGAGGAGACGGAGGCCAUACUGGCGCCGUGGUUUGCCGACCUUGCCGCGUUGGGCAUCACCUUCACGCCGCGCACGACGCACUACGAUGGCUUCUACGACGCGUGGAAGGCCGAGUUCCCGCUGGAAGUGGUGCAGAAGACGCACGUAGCCACCGGUUCCCGCCUCUUCCCGCGCAGUUCCUGGGAUGACGAGAGCACGCUCAACGCCACCUUCGACGCUAUCCGGGCGUCGUCGGAUGCCGGCAACACCAUCAUUGCCUUCAACAUGGCGCCCAAGCUGCACGAGUCCAAUGCCGAGAACAGCGUCAACCCGGCGUGGCGCAACACGCUGAUGCACGCGCUGCAGAGCGUCAACUGGCAGAACAACAGCACCCGCGACGAGAUCAUGGAGCGCCGCACUUGGUUCAACGACGUCGCCAUGCAGCGCUGGAUCGACGUCAGCCCCGGCGCCGGCUGCUACCUGGGUGAGAGCAACCGCAUGGAGAGCGGCUGGAAGCAGUCGUUCUACGGCGAGUACUAUGACCGUCUGCUCGAGAUCAAGAAGCAAGUCGACCCGGACGACGUCUUCUGGGCCGCGACGGCCGUCGGCAGCGACGCGUGGGCCGUCGACAGCGUCGACGGGCUGCCGAACGAGAACGGCCGGCUGUGCAGGACAGGUGCGUGA